UUGAAGAUUUCGGGAUGUACCAUGUCGUAUUGAGUACUGUUUAUUGAUAUGGAUGCUUUAGUGACCGUUGCGGACUUGUGGGUUGCUCCUUCCGUUUUUUUUUUGCAGGCAUCUCUACUCAAGUGAGUUUAUUCCACACUCUUUGAUACAGCGCGUCUGCUAAACGUCAUAUUCCCCGCCCGCCUACAAGUACUGCCCGUGGAGUCUACCUUUGAGACUUUCAAUACGACCUCGAAAUGGAGAACAACGGUGGAGAGCAAGAUCCCAUUGGCAAGCAAGGGGAAACGGCCAGCUUUCAAGGCGAGAUGCAUGGCAACCUCGAAAUGGCGCACAACAGUGGAGAGCGACGACUCAUUGACAAUCAAGGGGAAAUGGCCGCACCCCAAGGCGAAACGGAUGGGCCAGAUGUCGCCCAUGGAGAUAAUGUCCAACCCAAUGAAAAUUACCAAGUCCGUGUUGAAGCUGGCAGCGGCACCAUCGGAAUUCGUGGCCCAGUCCCGGCAACGACAUUCAGGUCAAGAAAGCAUCUCGCGCUUGCUUUCGGGUUCUCUGACGGCGAAGCCUUGGACACCUGGAUGAAGAGUGAAGCGUUUCGGCCAUACUACUCUGACCUGCUAACGAACCUCAACAAAAUUUCGGGUGGAGGUAGCGGAUACUCCAUUAGAACGAUACGACUAGCCGGGGUGAAGGACGCCAUAAUCUAUGAGGAGGAGAACGGAGCCAAGAGAUACUCUCGGUUGUAUCAGGUUGAACACUUUACCUCCAUGGACUGGUUCGCCGUAUUCGUUAUGCAUACCACGGAACACAACUUCGUGAAUCCGCGAGGAGCUUUCUUUGGGAAGAAUAUGACGCCCGACGACAUGCGGACCCGGAUAUGGCAAGCGAUGCUACGGGCAAGACUUGAGACUUACCGUCACCGAAGUCGCGGAAAAUAGUUCACUGCGAGGCGAGCAGCAGUAUAGUGACGGAGGCGGAAUAAUCGCAGGAGAGUUGAGGAGCAAGGGUCAUAUGGUGAUGAGGAGCGACGAAGAUGGAGGAAGAGAAAAAGCCGUU